GUGUAGGCUUUAUCUUUUCGCCAUUGCUCGGGCGGCGUCCAUUUUGUACGCCAUAUUGAAUUUGGUCGGACAUCUUUGACGCCAUGUUUAGUCGGACAUAUUUUAUAAACAUUUUCGCGUAAAUUUCAAAUAUUUUUGAGCCUAAAUAUCGAACUUUUUUUCACUGAAGUCUGGGGGAUAGAUAGGGGCGAAGAUUACUCGGAAAAAUUCCGUACCUACGCAGUAGUCCAAAUUUGUCUCCAAGUGGCCGUGCAGCUUUUGUUAUAAGAUAAAUAAAGGGCGCGGUUCACCAUGAUGAACCAGGAGAUCAUGUGUGAGGUGGAGAUCGGCACGCACGGCGGCAUAGAGAUAGAUGGCGAUGAUCAGGUCGGCGUCAAGUACGAAGAAAUAGAAGCCGGCCAGUACGAGGAGUACAUCACCGAUGACCAGUAUGAAGAGGUGGAAGAACAGGUGAUCGGCAUGCACCAUCUGGAGGAAGGUCAGUUCAGUACUCACAGCCCAUUGCACCUAUCACCAUCAUCAUCACACCCCAUGUCAGCGCUGCUGACAGAUUACAAACUUGCAGUCGGGAGCGAGGAGGUGAUCCUGCCGGGCAUGUCCGGAGAGGAAGUCCUUACUGCCAACGACUCUUAUGAUCCGGUGUAUGCUACUCCGCCUUCGACUAGUAAUAAUAACAGAGGUCGCGGCAGGCCCGCAGUCAAAGCCAACAAUAACACGAACAGCGUUCAUCAUCUUAUGCCUAUUGGCGAAGUGCCCAUGGGGCUGAUGGAGGGCGUGAGUGGGGGGCGCGGCACGGCGCGGCGCUGGGAGCAGAAGCAGGUGCAGAUCAAGACCAUGGAGGGCGAGUUCAGCGUCACCAUGUGGGCCACGGGCGAGGACGACGACGACGGUUCAAACCCCGAGCCUGACCCCGACUACACGGAGUACAUGACCGGCAAGAAGAACAUACUGGGCAACGAGACAAUGCCAGGUUUAGAUUUAUCAGACCCCAAGCAGUUGGCGGAAUUCGCACGACCUGGACACAAAAUUAGACUAAAGAAACCUUCACCCGAAUCAUCGGAUAGAACUAUAGCUUGUCCACACAAAGGCUGCACGAAGAUGUUCAGAGACAACUCGGCCAUGAGGAAACAUCUGCACACGCACGGACCACGAGUACACGUGUGUGCGGAGUGUGGUAAAGCAUUUGUAGAAAGUUCGAAACUAAAAAGGCAUCAACUCGUCCACACCGGGGAGAAACCCUUCCAGUGCACCUUCGAGGGCUGCGGGAAAAGGUUUUCACUCGAUUUUAAUUUAAGAACACACGUGAGAAUCCACACGGGUGAUCGGCCCUACGUGUGCCCGUUCGACGGCUGCAACAAGAAGUUCGCGCAGAGCACCAACCUCAAGUCACACAUACUCACACACGCGAAAGCCAAAUCAAGAAACUCGCUAUCCCGCAACGGCGGCGGUUCGUACGAGUCGGCCCGGACGACGCCUCAGUUCGUCCAGCUCGAGAUGUCUCCGGACGACUCCAACCAUCAGCUCAUCUUCUACACGCAUGAGUGAACAUAGUGCAACGGUGUGGACUGCAUGAGUGAACUUCAGAGUGGACAUGAGUGAACAAAGUGAGACGCGAGUGAAGUGAAUUGAAGAGUGAACUCAUUGAGUCAUUGUGAAGUGAUCGUGAAUGUAGGUUGAAGAUAGUGAAGGAUUAGUGAAAUGAUGAGGGGGAAAGGCUAAGGAUAGUGAAGCAGAACUGCAAGUGAAUGGUAUUUGUAAAGUUAUCAUGGAACAGUUAAAAAAGAUGUAUUACUAAUUGAAUAUUUUCUUCGUUUUGUUCUUUCAUCAUUUUGACAAGUUUGUUAACCCUAUGGUUCAGUACAGAACAUAAUGCCUUAACUUUCUGGGACCCAGAAGCAAUUGUUUGGUUUUUAAACUGGAAAGUCUUAGUUACUCAUAAAAAUCCAGAAAUUGUGGAAUAUGUGCAAAAAUUUGUACACAGGCUCUCAGGGGGAUAAGGUAUUAGUCCAACAUCUGCAUUUUUUUUGUAUAUUGUUAGGGUAUGCAAUGCAGAUCUGAAAUGUAUGAAUUUAUCCGGAUCUGGAUCCAGAUACCCCGGAUCUUCCCAUACAUUUCAGAUCUGUCGUACAAACCCUGUGUAUUGUGCAAUCCAGUUUAAAUUAAUAAAUACUACGGAUCCAUAUCAAGAGGCCUUUCGGAUCCGCAGAUAUCAAUUUUCAUCAUGAGCAGAGCAAAAAUGAAGAAAUUCAAGAUGGCGGCCGGAAUUGUACCAUCAAGUAAUGUGAAAAUACGGAUUGAGUACGGUCACAAACUUAAAUUGUUGAUCCAUUUAGGGUUCAAGCUAAUUUUGUUGUUCUUGGUUCAAUCCUAGCUACUAAGUGUCACUGGACCAUGUUAAAUUUACAAACCUUUGUGGCAUUAUCAAGUAAAAGGUCCAUCUUUAUCUGAACGGCACUUUUUAAUCGAAAAUGUCACAUGUCAGAAAAUUAUGAUAAAUUUUUGAGACGUAAGUCCCCGGGAUGCUGAUAUGAAAAUUGCAAAAUUUUGCAAGUGUGAUAAAAGAAAACUAAUAUUAUAUAGACUAUGGAAUGAAGGGAGUUUUUAUAAUACAAUUACUUAGUUCUAUAAAGUCAAUAAACAUUGGAUUUAAACAGUUUAAACCAAAGUUUUAUAUAGAUUAAAAAUUAAAAUUUUAUUUCUGUGUGCAUUAAUUUCUGAUGUUUCCAUAACCUUUAAGGUGCUGGGAUGAAUUCUAAAACGGGGUGUUUUUGAAAACGGGAAAUAUACUUAAGAAUAACUGUAUUUUAGUACCAUGUAGCAAGGCGUAGGGCCAAACUAUUGUUAUAUUCAAUAAGUCGAUAUUGCCACCGUAUUAAAAAUUGUACAGUCAAGGUAUUAAAUAUCGAUACGGAAAAAGUGCCAAAAAUAUGUAUACACGACCUUAUCGCCCAUAUAUUAAGGUAGUGUGUACAUAUUUUUGUCACUUUCCAUAUCGAUAUUUAAUACCUGGACUGUACUAGGGAUAAAUUAUUAAAUACCAGUUUUAUUUUAUACUCCAAAUGUAGGUCUCCGUUGUGUGUUUAGAUAACGACUUCGUAUUAUUAGAUUGCCCAAUUAGAAAUGAAAUAAUUAACAAAGAACGAAAAAAAAUAUAUCAGUUUCUGAUCCCUGAAUAUUACAUAACCCUUUUUUUGGAAUAACAAGAUAUUUUGGUCCUAAUAACAGAAAAAGUGUUUCCGUUACUAUUUUUUUUAAAGAAUUUGUAUGGCGGUAACGGAAUGAUAAAUGAUAAUAUAAAAAAAGUAUGGAAAUGUUGAUACACUUCUUCUCUUAUUAGGAUCAAAAGAGGGAUAUAACAUUGAAUUUCCCAAAUUUGAACCAAAUGGCCCAUUUACGAUUUUUUAAAACUACCCAGUUUCUGAACUUAUCCCAAUGCACCUUGGUGUGAUCUCAUAUUUUACUGUUGAUCAUCAUUUACUCUGAUCUAUUCGUCCUUCAGUUAUAAUUUAUAUCACCAUAGAGUCUGUCAAAGCUAACAUUGUACUAACCGAACAGAACAAAGUGAGGAGUUGUCAUUAUAGUUUAAGUUACGGUAUAAGAAAUAUAUACUUUCAUCUGUUAUUUAUAAAUAUAAAAUAAAUAAAUUAUAGAUAAUAUUCACAUUGACACAUUGCAAAUAGGUUGCCUAAUAAAGUAUUCAUAUUUUUGUUUUGGUACUUAAUCCUAUAUUAUUUAUUUAAAACUUUAUUGCACAAAAGAAACACUUAAUGUACAAAAGUCGUACUUGCCAUGAGGCAUUCUCUUCCAGUCAACCUUAGGGCAAAGCAGAAAAGAUUGUAGGUGGUGCGUUUAAAACUAAAAGAAAUUGUUAUUGAAAGACACAUAAAUUAAUUAAAAAAAAAAAUCAAAUGAAAUGAAAUUUAAAAUGAUAGCUUAUUUUACUCUUCAUCUAACUGUAAUAGUUUGCGUCAUAAAAAAGUUAGUUCAGUCCAUCAGUGCUUAAAUAAACUGAUUAUUUAAAUUUACAUUUAAAAAUCUAGGCAACUAGCCAGGACCAACUUUUUAUUAAGGCAACAUUUAGAUUAGGAAUAAAAUAAGCUUUCAUUUGAUUAACACAUUCACUGCCAGACAAAAAACGGCGCACUACCCCAGAAAGGUGGUCUAUAGCUGCGUACAAAACAACCCGCCCAGCGGGUUGUCCGGCAUCUGAACAAAGUUCACGAGCGCCCACCAGGUGGGUUCCCGGCAGUGAAUGUGUUAAAUAAUAAUAAUUAUUAUUAUUAUUUAAUACUGUCCGUACGCAAUGUAACUAGGCAACCUAUGUGCAAUGUGUCAAUGUGAAUAUUAUCUAUUAUUUAUUCCUUAUCUCUAAUACAUAACAAAUGAGGUUAUAUACUUCUUAUACCGUAUCUCCCACUAUCAUAAACGCCAUAUUAUCAUAGAAAAUUGGCUGUAAUGGUGACAUUGCCACACUUUUUCAUUACGGAGCUUAAAUGCAGAGUUAGCUUGGUCUUACUCUAUUUUGUUAUUGGUGCUAUAUUAAUUGAUUAGACUAUAUGAUGAUUUCACUAAAAUUUUAAUGAUCAGGUACAUAAUUUCUCUUACAAAAAACCUAUCUUUAUCAAACUUAGAGAAAAAUUAUUCUUGUAUUUUAUAACUAUACCGAGGUCCUGCUUAUUUACGAAUAAAAUAUAAAUUAAUUUGUCUCUAAUCAACUACUUACUCUUAAGUCAAUAUGGAUAAGUGUGGCUGCGGGGUAAGUGUGGCUGGCCUUCUAUUUGGGGGCCUUCACAUAUUGAUUACUGUUUAUUGCGAGUUCAUACAUAUGCCACUAAAUCCUGAUUUACACAUUGACAAACAUAUAUAUAACUCCAUUUAAGAUAAAUAAAGUAAAAAAAAAACAUGCCUCAAUAAAUCAAGAAAAAUGUUUGCUCGAAUAGAUGGUGAUAUACCUUUAGCCUGUACUCGAGUAGAUAGCGACACCGUUUGAUAUUUAACACAUAUCAGUGAAAGAACAUGAGUCAAAUAGCCAUAUGUCAUUGUAAGAGUUUUAGUCCUGUGUCGAAAGAUGGCAGUAAAAGUUGACUACAAAAUUUACUUUGACAAUACGCCUCUAUACUGAAUUCUCUUUGACAUUUAUUAGUUUUAAGUGCGAGUUCAUACAUUUCCUCUUACGUUUAGUAGGCCUUAAAAGCGUUGAUGGCCUAGCGGUAAGAGCGUGUGACUUUCAAUUCGGAGGUCGCGGGUUCAAACCCCGGCUCGUACCAAUGAGUUUUUCGGAACUUAUGUACGAAAUAUCGUUUGAUAUUUACCAUUCGCUUUUCGGUGAAGGAAAACAUCGUGAGGAAACCGGACUAAUCCCUAUAAGGCCUAGUUUACCCUCUGGGUUGGUCAGAUCACAGUCGCUUUCGUAAAACUAGUGUCUACGCCGAUUCUGGGGAUAAGUUGUCAAGCGGACCCCAGGCUCCCAUCAGCCGUGGCAAAUAUACAACGCGACACGCGAGGAAGAUGAUGUUUAGUAGGCCUUAACACUUCAAUGUGUAAACAGGCCCCAAUGUGAAGGUUAGCUACACUUAUCCAUACGCCGCACUUAACCGUAUUGACCGUAUAAUUUGUAAUUAAAUUAACUUUAUUAAGCUUAGUUAAUGCUUUUCGUUUACCCUUUUUGUCUUCUCUUCCCAAUCGAUUUUAAGGACCUCGAGAUUUUCAUAAUAAUAUUAUAAUUUUCGUCUUAAUUUUCUAUUUUAAAAGGGACUUUAUUUAAAAAUAUGUCUUGGAAUAUUAAAAAGGGAAAAUACAGUGACAGACGUCAUCUCAAUACUAUUUUGUGAGAAUUUGCAUUUUAAGUUUAUAAAUGGUAUGUAUAUGACAUCUGUCAUCGUACCCAUGCUGUUUAAAAAAUACUAUAUAAACCACAGCAGUCUUAUCUCUAAAAAAAUAAUUUCAAGACAUAUAUUUGCAUAAAACUAUUCCUUUAGGAUUUAAUUAAUAAUGAACUGCCUGAAAUUACGCUUGUUAAUAAACAGGUUGGCUAUUCACUUUAUAGUCCAAAGAAAAUAGGCAUGUUUUGUAUACCCUAUACAUUGCCUUAAAAUAAACAAAAGCUGUAACGGCAUUAAAGUAAUGUUUUCCUUGUUUGUGAUCAUUUCAUGUUCUUGUUUCAGGAAAAAGGUAAAAUGAGUCGUUUUCAAGCAUUGUCGCUUGCCACAAGGACGCUCUGAUAGGUUAUUCGUAUAAACAUACAACCAAAUUUCGUCUUUAUGGAAGCGACAAUUACAGUUUGAUUGAAAACGUCACAAAUUACCUAUUAAGCCAAUACAACAUGUUUUAUUUACUUGAAUAAUGUGUGUCUUAUGUUCAAUUGUCCGUUCCAGUUCAAAUUAUUUAAAAAAAUGGGUGAUUUCUGCAUUAGUUUUUCACGCAUGGAAACCUUAGCUUCGCUCAGGCUUCUAUUUCAAGUCAUCUUCUCAUAGAAAGUGCAUAGCCACCUGAAACUUGUAUAUUUUGUACUAUAGAUAUGCCAAAUAUAAGGGAGUGUCUGUAAUAUAGAUUUAACUAUUUUUUUUAUUUGGGGAAUGCAUGCUAAUAUUUGGAAAAGCAAGAAAAAAAUGUUAACUUUUCUUUCGUACAUCUGAAAAUAUAAAUACGGACGAUAAAGUGCCUAAAUAUGUAUACACCUUAAUACAUGGGCACUAAGGUCGUGUAUACAUAUUUUGGGACUUUGUUCGUAUCGAUAUUUUCAGACGAGACUGUACCUCCGGUAUGGCGCGAGCACUUUAAUCUUACUUAGUUGUCUAUGCCUAUGCAUAUGUACAGUCGCCAUCAGAUAUAUCGGAGCGGCCGAAGUGCUCCAAAAAUAUCUGAACUGAUAUAUCGCACUCUAACGCCUUGAAAAUAGAGGCGUGUUUAGAUGUUUGUGAGCACCUUGGCCGCUCCGAUAUAUCUGAUGGCGAUUGUAACACAACAAUAUGGCGAAAAAAGUAAGGCAAAUAAAAGUUUUUCAUUUUAAAAUAUAUAUUUACCCCCUUAUUCAUAAACGUGUACUAAAGUUACGAUGCCUCCUAAUAAUCGUUUGUCCCUUUCCCACGUAUUGGUAUGAUAGAAAGGGACAAACGAUUAUUAGCGGCAUCGUAACUUUAGUACACGUUUAUGAAUAAGGGGGUUAGAGGUUAUUUUUAACUGUUACCACUAAGUACCACUGGGAAUAAUGGAGAAAAAAACCCAGUACUUAGCGCAGGUUAAUAAUUGGUUAAAAUUCUAUCCUUUGAUAUCGCAUAAUGAAUGAAAAAGAGAUGUCAAAUAUCAGUAUGCAUUCUUUAUGUGCACUUGUCAGUUAAAAAAAGAAAAACAGACAGGAACUUGAUGGUGACACUACCACACUGUCAAGUCGCUUGCCAGACGGUAUUGAGUUAAAAACUCAGUUUCAAUGGUCGAUAACUCGGUCGAUAUAAAGCGUGCGGGGACUCCCCGCAGGCGGUAUAACGACUAGUGAAACUCUAAGUCGAUAGUUCGGUCGAUAUACAGCAUGCGAGUGACUCGGCGCAGGCGAUAAGGUGGUAUACCGACUAGUGAAACUCAUAAUGGCAUGCGUUUUGGAAAUCUCGGUCGAAAAUUGGUCGAUAAAGCCCAAAUGCGGGGUGCGGGAGAUUUUUACAAUGGCUCAGUUUCAUUGGUCGAUAGGGCCCGCAUGCGGGGUGCGGGAGAUUUCCGUAAAGCAUGCCACAGGGCCCGCAUUCGGGGAACUGUUUACAUUGGUCGAUAGGGCCCGUAUGCGUUUCACUUAUAGUUUCAAUAUGAGUUUCACUAGUCGUUAUACCGCCUGCGGGAGUCCCUACAUAUUGUCUAUCGACUGAGUUAUCGAACAAUGAAACUGAGCCUUUGGUUUGGCCUGACUUUACCACCAUGAUAACCAAAGGAUUAAUGACCGCAGCCGGCAAAACGUCCCACUUUGUCGCUUGCCAUAAGGUCGCCUUGACUCGUGUAAAGAUACAAGCAAAUCUCGUCGUUAUGGCAAGCGACAAAGUGGGCCGUUUUGCCGGCCGCGAUCACAAAUGAUUAUAAAGGCUUUAAUGAUCUGUCUGUUCCAGCUUUUAAUCCUUUGGACGCUAGGAACGUCUUUAAGUCGUGAGCAAACGCCAACAACGCUUAUUACUUACGACGAACAUUGCAAAUGUAAACUAUAUACCUUGAAAUAAGGUUUAUAUUGGCGCGCUUGAGCUCAUGAUUUUGGCGUGUGAGUGCCGUUGUUAUGGCGUUUGGCGUUAAAAGGGUUAAAGAUUGAUAUCAUCAGGAGUGCACGUUAUAUUAAGUCUAUCGGAACGGCGACUUCCUUAAUAUUUAAGAUUUUGUAAUAUGACUGAUUGUAUAUAUGACUGUUUUGUUUUGCGGUCCAAAAUUAUGAGUUAUUGCUACAUUUGGAGACUUUUUGGUGUAUAGAUUUUUUUAUUAUUAUUAUGUAGAUAUAAUUUUAAACACUACUAACACUUAUAUUGGUAGUUUGUUUUUUUUUUUAUUAGAUUGUGACAGUAUUUUUGGCAGUAGCUCGAAGCCUCGAAUAAAUAAAUAGUUUAAUUCAAUUGGUAUGUUCAUCUUAUUUUUAUAUAAGUGAAACGGGCAUAGCGUUUGAAAUUAAAAUUAGUUUUGUGAAUUGGUAAUUUUCAAAUGUAGCAAUAAUAUUUUAAAAUUGAAUGUUCUCAAGCGAUGAGUGAUAGCGAGAAUAAAAUGUAAAUAUUUAUAUAAAA